GUAGCUGUUGAGAAGGCGGAGCGCGCUCGAGCUUAGAGACGGCGCGAGACAGCGGCGGCAGCAGCAGCAGCAGCAGCAUGGCAACGGCCGCGGCUACUAAGGUUCCUGAAGUUCGGGAUGUCACCCGGAUUGAACGCAUUGGUGCCCACUCCCACAUCCGAGGGCUUGGCUUGGAUGAUACAUUGGAACCGAGACAGGUGUCCCAGGGCAUGGUAGGCCAACUGGCUGCCCGCCGCGCUGCUGGUGUGAUCUUGGAGAUGAUCAAGGAGGGCAAGAUUGCUGGCCGGGCUGUCUUGAUUGCUGGCCAACCAGGCACAGGGAAAACCGCCAUUGCCAUGGGAAUGGCGCAGGCGCUGGGCCUUGACACACCUUUCACAGCCAUUUCUGGCAGUGAGAUCUUCUCCUUGGAGAUGAGCAAGACUGAGGCGCUGACUCAGGCCUUCCGGCGCUCCAUCGGUGUCCGCAUCAAGGAGGAAACAGAAAUAAUUGAAGGUGAAGUGGUGGAGAUCCAAAUAGAUCGCCCUGCAACUGGCACCGGUGCUAAGGUGGGGAAGCUGACCCUGAAGACAACGGAGAUGGAGACGAUUUACGACUUGGGCACCAAGAUGAUUGAGUCACUGACAAAGGAGAAAGUUCAGGCUGGGGAUGUCAUCACUAUUGACAAAGCCACAGGGAAGAUCACCAAACUAGGGCGCUCCUUUACCCGGGCUAGAGACUAUGAUGCCAUGGGUUCGCAGACAAAGUUUGUCCAGUGCCCUGACGGGGAGCUGCAGAAGCGCAAGGAAGUGGUGCACACAGUCACGCUGCAUGAAAUCGACGUCAUCAACAGCCGCACGCAGGGCUUCCUGGCCCUUUUCUCUGGUGAUACGGGAGAGAUAAAGUCAGAGGUGCGAGAACAGAUCAACGCAAAGGUAGCUGAGUGGCGAGAGGAAGGCAAGGCGGAGGUGAUCCCAGGGGUUCUGUUCAUUGACGAAGUCCACAUGCUAGACAUUGAGUGCUUCUCCUUCCUGAACCGGGCUUUGGAGAGUGACAUGGCGCCUGUUCUCAUCAUGGCUACCAACCGAGGCAUCACCAGGAUUCGUGGCACCAACUACCAGAGCCCCCACGGCAUCCCCAUUGACCUGCUGGAUCGCAUGCUCAUCAUCUCGACCUCUCCCUACAGCGACAAGGAGACCAAGCAGAUCCUCAAAAUCCGGUGCGAGGAGGAAGAUGUGGAGAUGAAUGAAGACGCCUACACAGUCCUGACCCGCAUCGGCCUGGAGACCUCCCUGCGCUACGCCAUCCAGCUCAUCACAGCUGCCAACCUUGUGUGUCGCAAGAGGAAGGGCACAGAGGUUCAGGUGGACGACAUCAAGCGCGUGUAUUCACUGUUCCUGGAUGAGUCGCGCUCCACUCAGUACAUGAAAGAGUACCAGGAUGCCUUCAUGUUCAACGAACUCAAACUCGGAAUUGUUUGAUGGGGUUAAAGGAAAGCUAAAACGUGAGGAACAUUUGGAAGCCAUAGAGGGGGAGACCAUGGACACGUCCUGAUGGGCUUCCGCUACCUGGCUCAGGUUGAAUGUGUGUGAAUGGAUGGUUCUUUUAUUAUUAUUUUUUUGUAAAAUAAACCUUUUGGAGAAUU